AUUAGUGACACUGUUGCUGGUCCCAAGGUCAUGGAUUUCAUCACACAGUGUAUUAGCAAGAAGAAGCAGUUGACUGUGGAAAUCAUCGAUGACGCAUAUCAUGACCGGCUGAAGGUGCUACCUGGCAUGACUAUCCGAGAGUCGUUCGAGAGCAAGGUAGAGCGUGAACUCAAUCACGCUCGUGAUGACUCCGGUCAGUACAUGCAGAAGAACCUGAAGGACAACAACAAUGUGAAGCAGAUGGUCACAGCUGGUUCCAAGGGUUCAUAUAUUAACAUCUCGCAAAUGUCUGUUUGUGUCAGGCAGCAGAGUAUUGAAGGUUGUCAUAUCCCAUUCGGGUUCUGUCAUCGUACUCUUCCA